AUGGCCUUGUCGACAAUACCGCCAGUGCGGCAGCGUCGUCCUAGAAACUCUCGGACCAAGACUGGCUGUCUUGUAUGUCGGCUCCGGCGCAAAAAAUGCGAUGAAGCAACGCCCAUCUGCAAAAACUGUGUCAGAAACAACCUCAUCUGCUCUUGGCCGCGAGCUCUUGUGCACAGCUCCUCUCAGCGCCGCUCUGAUCUUGGCUGGCGCAUCAGACUCCAAGAAGGAGUCUUGGACGCGACCACGCGGAUGAAGGCAGAACGGGAACUGACGCCCACUGAUGAGCACCUUCACGUCACACAAGACAUCCUCAAAGACGAUCUCACCUCGCCGCGGUUGGGCGCCAGCAAGGGCAGGCUGCCAACUCCGUCGUGCUCCAAGAUCUGGGCAAACCCUUCUGUUUGGGAACCCACGAUCAUCAAAACCUCGGAGUCGCAGACUCUAUUGAGCCACUUCAUGGCGGAGACGGCGGUCCAGCUUGUUGCCCGAGAACCGCAACAUAACCCCCUGCUGAGUUUCGUGCUCCCUUGGGCACACUCGGAAACCAUGAUUAUGGAUGCAAUGAUGGCCCUGGGCGGCGCCCAUGUCAGCCACAAGACGGGAAACCCGGCAUUGAGAGCGGCCACGACCAAGCAUUACUUAUCUAGCAUCCAGAGGCUCAAGUAUGCGUUGACGCACUGGGAUCCUGGUGCUCCGCAGGAUACGGUGCGCCUAUUAACCGUUGCCAUGUUGCUGUGUCAGUAUGAAGCUAUCACAUGCAAUCGCCGCAUCAUUGCAUACUACCAUCUUCGCGCCAGCCGAGAAUUCGUCAGGACAAUCUUUGAAGCGGGAGUCGGCAAUCUCUCAAGCCAGCAGCGCGAUGUCUUUGGCUUCCUGUUGGAGUACUAUACAUACAUGGCCAUCGUGCGCAACAUCACCAUCACAUCGGACCACCGGAUGGAUGUGGUGGUUUCGGACUGGUUUGUUCAGUCUCUGCAGCACCUGCAGGGGUACCAAACCUUUGGCAGCAUGCUCGGGAACUCCUGGAAGCUCUAUGAGCUCAUCCCCACCAUUCCCCUGCUCCAGGACCUGGAUGGGGAGCCGUGGACCAUGGCGUACCUUGAUCUGGAGGAGAAGAUUCUAAACUGGUCACCGGCGAUGACAACUCGAUCUGAUGCACCAGCCUGGGUCCAAAGCUCGAUUACAGUGGAUCGCAUCUAUCAGAUUGCUCUGUUGACUUUCUUGUACUCGGCACGUUACUUGAAAAAUGAUGACAAGGACGAAUUCUGCCAGAAACUUGACCCUAUCAUCAUCGAAUUUCGCCUCCUGUGCGGCCAGCUGCGGGGUUCGCCGUCACGCACCAGGCUGCUGUGGCCCCUGCUGGUCAUCGGCUCGUGUCUCAGCUCGCCAGAGGAUCGGCAGAAAAUGUGCUCGGGCUUGUCAAGGUCUACGUACGACAUGGCCAUCACUCAGCGAGCGGUGGAGAUAUUGCAGAUGACUUGGGAGCUGGACAAGGUGGGCAUGUAUGGCCCGGUGGCCUUGGAGGCCGUCGUGAAGACUCAUGAAUUUUGUGUGAGCUAA